CUUUCUAACAUGAGAUCAUCUUGCAAUUUGCCAUCAUUGCCAUUAGGACUCAGGUGAUUAUACUAAUUAAUGUCUGUCUAAUUAAAUUACUGUCAGCAGUUAACCAAUAGCAAGGGCCGUUUCAUUAGCUGUGCAACCGGGAAGAUCAAAAGUGAGUCCUUCCUUACUAUUGCAAAGUGUCAAUUGGCCAAUCGCUUUUCGGCUGGGGGGAGAAGGUAAAAAAAAAACUAGUACCAGCCUUUGUGAGAGUGCUUAAAGAAUUGCUUUCAAACGGGUUGGGUUUUUGCAUCUGCUGUUGAAGGUUUCUAUAGGGUGAGGUGCUUACUUAUUAAGCUAUGCAGUUGGAGCACUGCUUAUCUUCAUCUAUAAUGCUCCCCAAGAAAUUUCUUAAUGUGAAUAGCACUUAUCCCAACAGUGAGCUUGCUUUACAUGAUCCUAUCAUCUCGGCCAGUGACAACCUCGAAAGAAGUUCACCUCUGAAAAAAAUUACCAGGGGGAUGACGAAUCAAUCAGAGACAGACAAUUUUCCUGACUCCAAGGACGCGUCGGGGGACGUCCAGAGAAGCAAGCUCUCUCCUGUUUUGGACGGGGUCUCUGAAAUUCGUCAUAAUUUCGAUGGAUCAGCGGCAGACAGAUAUCUCCUGUCACAAUCGAGCCAACCACAGCAACCGACUGCUGCUCCCAGUGCUAUGUUUCCUUACACUGGCCAGCAUGGACCAACACAUCCCGCUUUUUCUAUUAGCAGUCCGAGCAGGUAUAUGGCUCACCAUCCUGUGAUCACGAAUGGAGCCUACAAUAGUAUUUUGUCCAAUUCUUCGCCUCAAGGCUACCCGGCUGCUGGUUAUCCUUACCCUCAACAAUAUGGACACAGCUAUCAGGGAGGACCUUUCUAUCAAUUUUCUUCUGGUCAGCCAGGACUAGUCCCCGGCAAAGCCCAAGUGUACUUGUGUAAUAGGCCACUGUGGCUUAAAUUCCAUAGGCAUCAAACAGAAAUGAUCAUCACGAAACAAGGCAGGCGGAUGUUUCCAUUUUUGAGUUUUAACAUCUCCGGUCUGGACCCCACUGCACAUUACAAUAUCUUUGUUGAUAUUAUACUGGCCGAUCCGAAUCACUGGCGAUUCCAAGGAGGAAAAUGGGUUCCUUGUGGGAAAGCGGAUACCAAUGUGCAAGGUAAUAGGAUCUACAUGCACCCAGAUUCGCCAAACACAGGUGCCCACUGGAUGAGACAAGAAAUUUCGUUCGGCAAAUUAAAACUGACCAAUAAUAAGGGAGCAUCAAACAAUAACGGCCAGAUGGUGGUUCUACAGUCUCUCCAUAAAUAUCAACCUCGACUACACGUAGUUGAAGUGAAUGAGGACGGAGCGGAGGAUUCGAAUCAGCCCGGCAGAGUUCAGACUUUCACCUUCCCAGAGACACAGUUCAUAGCAGUUACAGCGUAUCAAAAUACAGACAUCACACAGUUGAAAAUAGACCACAAUCCCUUUGCCAAAGGAUUUAGAGAUAACUAUGACACGAUCUACACCGGCUGCGAGGUUGACCGGCUCACCCCGUCCCCGAGUGACUCCCCCCGGUCUCAGAUCGUGCCCAGCAGCCGAUACGCCGUCACCCAGUCUUUCCUGCAGGAGCAGUUUGUGAAUAACUACGCCAAGGCCCGGUUCCACCACGGCGGCCCGGGCGCUGCAGGAGGUGGAGGAGGAGCAGGAGCCGGGGGCGGCGGUGGAGGAGCCGAGCGGAGUGUCCCCCACAGCAAUGGGCUGCUGUCCCCGCAGCAAGCGGAGGAACCAGCCACGCCAUCCCCGCAGCGCUGGUUCGUCACACCGCUGCAGCAGCCGGCCAACAACCGCCUCGACUUCUCGGCUUACGAUACCGACUUCGCCGGCAACGCGAUCCUGUCGUACGGGGUAGGGGUGAAGGCGCUGCCGCUGCAGGCCAGCACCCGACCCCUGGGCUACUACCCAGACCCGUCCGGCUGGGGUGCUCGCAGCCCGCAGUACUCGUGCAAAUCGAGCUCGGUGCUGCCCUGGGCCCGCGGAGCGUCCACUAACUCGUACCUGGAAGAGGCUGCGGCGGCGGCUGCAGCUGCGGCGGCGGCCGCUGAGGGUUUGGCACCGGCCCCCGGGCCGGGCUCAGACCGCUCGCCCUUGGCGGCAGCCGCCGAGGACACGAAACCCAAGGAGCUGCCGGACUCGGCCUGGAUCGAGGCACCGUCUUCCAUCAAGUCCAUCGACUCCGGCGACUCGGGUAUCUACGAGCAGGCCAAGAGGAGGCGCAUCUCGGCGGAUGGGCCACCGCCUCCAGCCCCGGCCACCGAGAGCCCGUCUCCCCUGAAGAGUGAGGCGCUGACCCCGAGAGACUGCGAGAAAAACUGCGCCAAGGAGAUGGCCUUUUACGGCUUUUACUCGCACACCUAGAGCGUCCCGCGGGGCAAACGCCCGCCUGGCUUUUAAAACUGAUCACCCCCCACCUCUCGGAAAUGCCAAAAGCCAAACCUGCUGGUGCCAACAUCGAGUUUAAUUUGUUGCACAAAGAUGCCCUUUCCUCUCCCUGGUUGUGGUGGUGGUGGUGAUGAUAAUGCCUGUGACCAAUGGUAACCCCGGGCUCGAAUACACAGGCCGGUGUUUUGUUAAAACCUGUUUGUCUUUUAUUGUGAUAAAUAAUUAUAAAACUGUGAAGUUCAAAAGCAGUGUGUUAACCUGUACAGACCUUUCGCUUUUUCUCUUUCCUACUCUUUCUCCCGUCCCCUCCCCACUUCGUGUAUUUCAAUUGAAAUUUUGGGAAUGUAAAUCGUGUCUGUACAGGAAACUUUUAUUCAAUUCCUAUUUGACCAACUUUUUGUAGUUGGAAGUAAGCCAGUUCUAUCUAAUCACAUGUACAGAUUAUUUUAAACGGUCGAUCAGUGGCAUUUUGCGUUACUUACCCUCGAAUGGCUCGGAUUAUAGACUAAGGUUUUAAUGCGUUUUUUUUUGUAGAAACGUAGAAUUAUAGAGUUUUAAUUCCUGAAGUUGCUGCCACGUUGUUUAAAUGACAGAGUUCCUCAAAGAAAGUAUAUUAUGGUCUGUUUGCAAUAGGGAUUGGGAGGGGGGUGGGUCAUGAUGCUUUUCAGGGUCGAUAUGUAAAUUUUGUCUAUUCUGUAAAGAUAUUAUCGUGCUUGUAUAUGGGUAAAACUUUCAUCCCGUUCCAGUCUGUGAAGUGAAUGUCACAGAAUCUGUUUUUUUGCCAGUUUGUAUACAUUUCAUGUGCAAAAUGAAAUAAUAAAAAUAUGAAAUCUUU